GCCGGCGGGGGUGGGCGGGCAGCUGUGUCGUCAGGAGCGGGGCGGCCCCGCGGCGGGCGCGUCUGCCUGGCCCGUCCCCUCCGACCCAGCUCGGACUCCAGCUCCGGCGCCGGCGCUUCAGCUCCCACCGCUCGCCCUCCCCCAGGCAAGGCCUACCCUCUGAAGAGGACCAAGCGUGGGAGGUUCUACUACGAAGCAGCCUUUCUGGCCAUCCUCAGGAAAAACAAAAAGAUGGCUAAGGAAAGGGGUCUGAUCAGCCCCAGCGAUUUUGCCCAGCUGCAGAAGUACAUGGAAUACUCCACCAAAAAGGUCAUCGACGUCCUGAAGCUCUUUGAGGAAGACCGCAUGUCCCAGUACCUCCAAGGAGAUGCCAUUGGCUAUGAAGGAUUUCAACAAUUCCUGAAAAUCUAUCUGGAUGUGGAUGAUGUUCCCAGCCACCUAAGCCUGGCCCUGUUCCAAUCAUUCCAGAAUGAUCACUGCUCAGACAGUACUGUUUCAAAAGAUGUGGUGUGUCUCAGUGAUGUCUCCUGCUAUUUUUCUCUUCUGGAGGGUGGCCGGCCGGAAGACAAGCUGGAGUUCACCUUCAAGCUGUACGACACGGACAGGAAUGGGAUCCUGGAUAGCUCGGAAGUGGAGAAGAUCAUCCUGCAGAUGAUGCGAAUGGCUGAAUACCUGGACUGGGAUGUGUCCGAGCUGAGGCCGAUCCUCCAGGAGAUGAUGAAGGAGAUUGACUACGAUGGCAGCGGCUCUGUCUCCCUGGCCGAGUGGGUCCGGGCCGGGGCCACCACUGUGCCACUGCUGGUGCUGCUGGGCCUGGAGAUGACGCUGAAGGAUGAUGGACAGCACAUGUGGAGACCCAAGAGGUUCCCCCGACCCGUCUACUGCAACCUGUGCGAGUCAUGCAUAGGUCUAGGCAAACAGGGGCUGAGCUGUAACCUCUGCAAGUACACUGUCCACGACCACUGUACAAUGAAGGCCCUGCCCUGUGAAGUCAGCACCUACGCCAAGUCCCGGAAGGACAUUGGGGUUCAAUCACACGUGUGGGUGCGAGGAGGCUGUGAGUCUGGGCGCUGUGACCGCUGUCAGAAAAAAAUCCGCAUCUACCACAGUCUGACCGGACUGCAUUGUGUGUGGUGCCACCUAGAGAUCCAUGAUGACUGCCUACAAGCCAUGGGCCAGGAAUGUGACUGUGGGGUGCUCAGAGACCACAUCCUCCCCCCAUCUUCCAUCUAUCCCAGCGUGCUGGUCUCUGGACAGGAUCGGAGACAAAGCAAAGCCAGCCAAAAGACCUUGGAUGAUUUAAAUAUGAGCACCUUUGAGGCUUUGCGGAUUGAUCCUGUGUCUAAUACUCACCCACUUCUAGUCUUUGUCAAUCCUAAGAGUGGCGGGAAGCAGGGACAGAGGGUGUUUUGGAAGUUCCAGUAUAUACUGAACCCUCGGCAAGUAUUCAACCUGCUCAAGGAUGAUCCUGAGGCUGGACUUAGGUUCUUCAGAGAUGUCCCUGAUUUCCGGAUCCUGGUGUGCGGGGGGGACGGCACCGUGGGUUGGAUUCUCGACACCAUCGACAAAGCCAACUUGCCUGUUGUGCCUCCGGUCGCUGUGCUACCCCUGGGCACUGGAAAUGAUCUGGCUCGUUGUUUAAGAUGGGGAGGAGGGUAUGAGGGACAGAAUCUGGCCAAGAUCCUCAAGGACCUAGAGACAAGUAAAGUGGUUCAUAUAGACCGGUGGUCUAUCGAGGUGAUCCCCCAACAAACCGAGGAAAAGAGCGACCCGGUCCCCUUUCAGAUCAUCAAUAACUACUUCUCCAUCGGAGUGGAUGCAUCCAUUGCUCACCGGUUCCACGUCAUGCGAGAGAAAUAUCCUGAGAAGUUCAAUAGCAGAAUGAAGAACAAGCUGUGGUACUUUGAGUUUGCCACGUCCGAAUCCAUCUUCUCAACGUGCAAAAAGCUGGAGGAAUCCUUGACUGUUGAGAUCUGUGGAAAACCACUGGAUCUGAGCAACCAGUCCCUGGAAGGCAUCGCCGUGCUCAACAUCCCCAGCACUCAUGGCGGCUCCAACCUCUGGGGUGAUACCAAGAGACCUCCUGGGGAUAUCUAUGGGAUCAACCAGGCCUUGGGCAACACAGCUAAAGUCAUUACUGACCCUGAUAUCUUGAAAACUUGUGUGCCAGACCUAAGUGACAAGCGACUGGAGGUUGUAGGGCUGGAGGGUGCCAUUGAGAUGGGCCAGAUCUACACCAAACUCAAGAGUGCUGGACAUCGGCUGGCCAAGUGCUCUGAAAUCACUUUCCGCACCACAAAAACCCUCCCGAUGCAAAUCGAUGGGGAGCCAUGGAUGCAGACGCCCUGCACGAUCAAGAUCACCCACAAGAACCAGAUGCCCAUGCUCAUGGGCCCACCCCCCCGCUCCUCCAAUUUCUUUGGCUUCUUGGGCUGAGAGGGGACACUUCCUGCCACCUCAGCUUUGAAACCAGCCUUGAACUCUCCUCCCUGUCUACAGACUGCACCCCUAAAGCUCUGUACAUUGCUGCCACGCCCUCCUGCAAGCUCAGAGGGGCAUUCCUUCAUCCUCACAGUAUUUAUUAUCCUCCCCCCCACUCUUGCCCACACACACACACACACACACACACACACACACACACAUACACCUCACAUACAUUGAAAGUGCCUGAGAAUAAAAUGACUUUUUUUCCCCACUGGGAU